UUGCAUUAUUUUAAAAUGUUUCCUUUUUACUUACACUUGAUUUGUUUAAUUUAAUAUUGAAACUAAAUUCUUAUACACUUCCAAGAACAUAAGGCCAUCAGUGAGCAUGAGUUUACGAUAAGAAACGAAAGGGAAAGUUGUUGCCUCUGAUAAGGUACCGCAAUGGAAUCUACCGAUAAAAGUGAAAUCAAAAUCAAGGAAAAACUUAACCUCCAUGUCAAGAAACGGCUGCAAGAAUCCAGCAAAGAUGUUAUGCUCGAUACAAGCGAUUCAAAAGAUAAACGCAGUCCUUCAGUAGCGGCUAAUUGUUCGGCUGGCCCACGGGCAAAACGACAGAAGACGAAGAAUGUUUCUAAACCUGCAGCUAAUGCAACAGUCACAACGGCUCCAUCCCUUCCAAACGCGGGAAUUCGAGGCAACGAUUUGCUUCUUUCUCCUGGAGCUGCCAAUAGUAACGAUACCACAAAUAGCAGUAUCAAUUCAACGGACCAAGAUGGAGAGUUGAACGACCGAGAAACCUGCGAGAAGGGUUCCAGUGAUAAGGCACCUAAGUCUGGACAGAGGAUGGACAUAUUUUCAAUGAUUUUGAAUCACAAAAAGAGGGCUUUAAUGUGUGAUCCGGAAGUGAUAAAAUUUAUGAACAAUCUGACCGAAAGCAGAAAAUGAAAAUGGGGUUUCAUAGGUAACAAAAUGUGUUCAAUUGUAUAGUAAAUUUGGCAUUUGUGUGAAUAUUGUGUA